AUGGAAGCAGAAACAGAGAUCCGACCGAAAAAGACGGAAUGGAAAGAGAUGCGAUCUCAAUUCCUCCCUGCAGUCAUUGCAAUGUUUGUUCUGCUUCAGGUUCUCUUCCUAGGCAACAUGUGCUAUCUGUACGCCACACAAUUUCGCAGUACCACACGCUACCACAACUUCGAUGUACUUUAUGUCGACUAUGACGGCGGUGUCAUCGGAAAAUCAGUUUCCGACGCCUACCAGCAACUACGAGGAGACACGUUCCCAACACUCCAGUUAAGACCUUCGACGGAAUACCCCCAGGCCAACGAUAUCCGGGAAGCCGUCUGUCGUGGCAAAUAUUGGGGCGCUAUCUACACCAGCCCGGGUGGAUCAGCCGGUUUGGCUUCAGCCCUGGAAAGCGGUGCUCGCCCACCAACCUCGCUGGUCUACAUCUGGAACGGGGCCAAAUACCCAGUCUUUUCGCAGGCUAUUGUCUACACCAAUCUCUUGAGAUUGAUUGGGAACACCAGGUCAACAUAUCACGCAAACAAUGCAUCCUCCGUUGUAGCGUCUGCGAACCUGACAAAUCCGGAUACUCUUGCCACGUUCCUAGAUCCCAUCGCUGCGGAUGAAAUAAACCUCAAGGACACCCACCAAGGUACCCGGGUUUUUUAUAAUACAGUGUCUAUGGUCAUGCCAAUAAUCCAACAAUUCUUCUUCAUGAUGGCGCUGAACGGGAUAUCUGGCAAGUUCGACACGUUCGCCAAACUUUCCUGGAAAGUCAACGGUCUGAUCCGUGCAAUCAUCUCCGUCGUCUACACAUUCAUCGGGUCUCUGCUGAUGACAGGUUACAUCUGGGCCUACAGAGAGUCCUGGGCGCAGAGCGGGGGCCGCUUCAUGCUGACGUGGAUGAUCUUGUGGCUCCUGAUGCACAUCAACUUCCUCUUUUUCGACAUCGCAACGGCAUUCAUUCCAAUCCAGUUCAUGCCGUUCAUUGUUCUAACGUGGGUCAUUAUCAACGUUGCUAGCACCAUCAGUCCGUUCGAGAUGAGCGCCGGGUUCUUCCGUUGGGGCUACGCAUUGCCCUCUCAUGAGGCGUACCAGGUUUUGAUCCAGAUCUGGUCUGGUGGGUGCAAUAAUAGGCUGUACCAGGCUCUUCCUAUCAUGUUCUCAUGGUGGAUCGUUGGUGUUCCUGCUGCGGUGUAUGCGAUGCGGUAUCGUUGCAAGUCUGCCUUAGCUGUCAAAGAAGCUCUGGGUAAUGUGAGCUCGGAAAAUGUUGUUGAGACCAAGUAUGAGGCCAGGAAUGACCGGGUAGGCACUGACGGUGGCGCAGAACGCGAGGUUUAG